UCAAAAUGCAUGAAUUUUGUUCUGCAUUCAAUAAGCACAAUAUUUGUGUAGUGGUUUUAGCUGUUUUCAUUCAAUUUUUAAUUCUUUCAAAAGUUUAUAAAUCUGUGCUCUAUGAAGUUUAAAAUAUACAGAUGAUUUCGUUUUCAUUGAAACGAAAAUAACUUGUUAUUUGUAGAGAAUCCUUAUAAAUAACUUUCAAUGAAUCUCUUCAAUAAAGCCAAGGGAAUACGUUUUGACAUUUCCUUGUUGUAUUCACAUUGUUUUAAUUUUCGACGCUGGGUGUUUUCUGUCAAUAAUUUAUGGUAUGAAGAAUUAACCAAUGAGGCUAAAAAGGAGAUUGAAGUUUAUUGGAAAGAUAAAAUUAAUGCAACCUAUCCAGUUUAUAAGAAUGCAGAAAAGUUUUAUUUGCUUUCAAUGUUUCCUUAUCCAUCUGGAAAACUGCAUAUGGGACAUGUUCGAGUCUACACCAUCAGUGAUGCUCUUGCAAGGUUCUUUAGAAUGAACGGAAAAAGAGUCAUACAUCCAAUUGGUUGGGAUGCAUUUGGGCUUCCAGCAGAAAAUGCUGCUAUUGAAAAAAGUGUACAUCCAUUUGACUGGACUUCAAACAACAUAAAUGUUAUGAAAAACCAACUAAAGGACCUUAAUAUUAGCUUCGAUUGGGAUAUGGAACUAUCAACAUGUGAUCCUUCAUAUUAUAAGUGGACUCAAUAUCUGUUUAUUUUAUUGUUUGAACAAGGAUUAGCCUAUAAAAAACAAGCACUUGUGAAUUGGGAUCCAAUUGAUCAGACUGUGUUGGCUGAUGAGCAAGUUGAUGAAAAUGGCUUUUCUUGGCGGUCUGGCUGCAAAGUUGAAAAGCAAAGAUUGUCGCAGUGGUUUUUGCGUACAACAGCUUUUUCAAAGGAUUUGUUUGAUGGUUUAAAUGAUCCAAAAUUAGUUGAAUGGAGAGACGCUACAAAAAUUCAGAAGCACUGGAUUGGGGAGCCCGAUGGCUUUAUAUAUCAGCUGAGUCUGUACCAUAAAGGACAGAGGCUGAACGAUACCCUGACUGUGUGGACAGAUUCUCCUGAGUUGCUCUAUGGUGCUACCUUUGUUGCAAUCUCCCCCAACAAUCAUUUUAAUAACCCUGAGUAUGAUGGUGGAAGUGAAAGCCACUCACUAGAUUUGUCUGUAGAGCAUCCAUUGACCGGUGUGCCUCUGCCGGUUUUUGUUACAGACGAAUUGGAUUGUAGCUCAGCAACCGACUCCUGUUUUGGUAUUUCUUCAAAUGGCGAUGAAAAAAUUUUGAAAUUUGCUUCAAAGCAUGGCAUAAGUAUUGUUCCAGUUUUGGAUCCUUCAAACUGCCUAAUUAAUUCGGAAGAAUUUUCAGGAAUGCAGAGAGAAAAUGCCCGGGAAGGAAUUCUAAACAAAGCAAAGAAAAAUGGUGUUGUCAUUUAUCCAGCAAGUAAAAAACUAAGAGAUUGGUUGAUUUCUCGACAGCGAUACUGGGGAACGCCUUUACCUAUUAUAAAUUGUCCUCGUUGCAAGUCAGUAGCUGUUCCGAAAGAAGACUUGCCCGUUCUUCUGCCUAAAUUAGAGGACUUCAGUGGGAAAGGCUUUUCCUUAAAAGCAGCACUUGAUUGGGCAAACGUUAGCUGUCCUAAAUGUGGUGGACCAGCCUUUCGGGAACUGGAUACAAUGGACACAUUUGUCGACAGUUCUUGGUAUUUCCUUCGCUUUUUAGAUGUAAAAAAUGAAUCUGAACCAUUUAGUUUUGAAAAAAUAUCUUCAGAUAUGCCUGUUGAUUUAUAUAUUGGUGGAAAAGAACAUGCUGGAUUGCAUAUGUUUUAUGCUCGAUUUAUGUGCCACUUUUUGCACUCCAUAAAGAAGAUACAUUACCCAGAGCCAUUUCUACAGUUGUUAAUGCAAGGCAUGGUUCUUGGAAAAUCGUAUAGAAUUAAAGGAAGUGGAAAAUACAUUGCAAAAGAUGAAGUUGAUUUUUCAGAGUCAUCUCCGGUGGAGAAAGGUUCUGGGCUUCAAGUCAUUGAAGAGUGGGAGAAAAUGAGCAAAUCCAAACAUAAUGGAAUUGAUCCUCAGGAAGUGAUAAAUGAAUAUGGUAUUGACACAACUCGUUUGUUUGUUUUGGGUAGUGUAGCACCACAAUCUCCUAGAAAAUGGAAUGAAGAAUUGUUCCCUGGAAUAAAGAAUUGGCAAUGGCGAAUUUGGUUGACCUUAGCUGAUUUCAUGCAGUUAAGAAAUGAUGUUGACUCAAAAGUUAAUUUGAGUGCAGAGGAUAUAGAAAAGCAUGCAGUACAAUUAAAAAGUGCCAGAAACUUUUAUAUCAAAGGGGUGACUCACAAUUAUAUGAACACAAGGCAGUUAAGUGUAGCAAUCUCCAAAUUACAAGGUUUGACUGGAGAUCUUAGAAGAGUUCCUAAAAUGAUGGCCCUGGAAGAUUGUUUUCAGGAAACUUUGGCCACACUCAUCAUCAUGCUGGCUCCUUUAGCCCCGCAUUUUUCUUCUGAAUUAUGGUCUGGAUUUUGCAGUGUAGCAAAUAACAGCAGCAGUGCAUAUGACCUAAAUCUUCCUGUUUUGCAUCAAAAAUGGCCUGAACUGGACCAUGACUGUGAAAUGGAGAUUCAUAUCAAGCUCAAUGGAGAAGAAUGUGAUGCUAUUGCUCUUUCAAGGCCUGAAUUUUUGAAAAUGUCAGAAGAAAAAGCAAUUGAACUAGCUCUUAGACAAAGGAAAGUAAUUGAUAUUUUAAAUGGAAGUAAAGUUCGACACGCAAGGUAUAAAGUGUGGCCGAAAUAUGAUUCAGAAGUCAAUAUAGUGUACACUCCUAUUGGGAAGAAAACAAAACAUAAAGCUAAAACUGCUUACAGUUGAUCCUUAGUCAUUGUAUUUUAGAGUUGUACAGUCUAUUAAAUUUUGUUUUAUUGUUGUA